AUGGGUGACAACAACCAAGCUACCACCGGCUUCGACCCUGCCGCCAAUGCUCCCGAUGCUGCUGCCUGGGACAAGGGCAAGGGCAAGGCCACAGACCCCACUCAAGACAUGCGCAUGGACGAUGAUGAGAGUGACGAGAGCGAGGCCGAAGAAAUGGUUGAUGAUGAUGACGAUGAAGACAACGACAACUUGGAGCCCAUCUCCUCGGAGAACAUCAUCUCCGGUGGCCGCCGUACACGCGGCAAGAACAUUGACUUCCAAGCCGCCGCUGAGAGUCUGAAGGAUGAGGGCAUGGACGAGGAUGACGAUGAGGACGACGACUACGUUGGCGGUGGUGAUGACGACGAGGACAACAAGAUGCAGGAUUAG